AGUGGCUAGGUGGCUCAGUUGCUCGCCGGUGUGUGCAGCGAGAGGUAUACUAUUCCGGUGUCCGCCUCUUGUCUAACGCCCACGCUCGCCCACACAUCCAUACAUACCCUACUCUGACCAGCAGAUCAGAGGCGGCAAUCAUUCACAGUUCCUCAAGCUAUUAACCAUUAAAGACAGCCGAGACAAAGAUAAUGUGAAGCACGAAAACAUCAGAGUGAAGUGCAUAUGUGUUGUGUUAUUUGUAUACAUAAGUGACGCACGACGAAGAUAGUUCCACUUGUUGCUUACUUCAGUGUCAGCACAGAUGCCAGUGUAACACAUGAACCACCCAACUGACUUGGUGUUCGCGCAUAUAUAUUGUACAGUACACGUGUUUUUGACAGCCAGGGACACGGCGUUUACACUCAUGAUAAGUGUUACAGGUCAGAGGCAACAAAAGUGAAGACCAUCACAACAGCAGCACACACUAAAUAAGUUUGUAACAAAUACUGUAUUACCAGGGCUUGUGUAACGCAUGACAAUAGUAACGGGAAGUGUGUCAACCAGGCCUUAACCUCUGUCAGCCAUGAUGCUUGACCAUGACAGUGACGGCAGGGUGGAAAAUGAUCUUAAUAAUGACCAAAAUACUGCAAGUUGCGUUACAACUCCCAGGCAUCCUAAUCAACCAAGAAACCUCUACAAUGGUGACGUACAGCAGCAUGAAAUUUUCCACCAAUCAGGGCAUCACAUUAUCGGUGACACAUUUCCCGCUGGAAAUCUCCACCAAUCAGGACACCACAUCGACGGUGACAUAAUUCCUGCUGGAAAUCUCUACCAAUCAGGACAAGUCACUGGUGACAUAGUAAGAUAUCUCGACCAAUCAGAGGGGCAAGGUACGGAUUGCCCUCCGUCAGGUGGCUGUUCCGGAUGUCAUUACAUAAAUGACUUGGCCCAUAAUGUGCUGCAGACAGAGAGUAACUCACCUAUGCUGGAGAGGGACCACCAGUACCUCAACUAUAUCGAUCGUCAGCUAGCCAACUCCUGGCAAGAUGACACCACGAUGUGGAACAACUUUGGCGCCGACUCUGCCUUAGGGAGUCGUACUGAUACGGGGCUCUCCUUCACCCUCUCACACCCACGCUAAAGGCGGCGGCACACUGGAUCCCGUCAUUACAGUUGAGGCCUUGCAGGAUUGUGCGAUAGUUCCUUAAUUAAUGAACCUAGUGAGGCGCCUGUAAAAGCUAAAGAACAGACAAUGGGUGCAUCGUGAAGUUUCUUUAAAAGUGGCGGUGGCUGGCCGGCCAAAUAAGACCCUGAAUAAUGAUAUAAUAAAACUAAAAAAGUUUUAAAGUGACGAAUAAAUAGAAACAUGUUACCGUUUUAUGUGUUAUAUUUUAAACUAUUAUUGUUUCUUGAUUUUCAAAUUUUACUUGGAUAUUCAUCACCUAAUACGAAACUCAUUUGAGUACUAAACCGGCCAACAAAGCUCACCGCCGCCAAACCGUUGUCCAUUUCUCGCAACAGCCGAAAUCAUGCUGCUUGCUCGGCCGUCAGGCCAGCGGCCAGCAAAACGGGCAACAUGUUGGGAAGAAAGUGCCCAGUGUGCUGUCGCCUUCACCUACACCCAGGAACUACGAGACACCCUCACCUACAACCAGGAACUACGAGACACCCUCAUCUGCAACCAGGAACUACGAGACACCCUCACCUACAACCAGGAACUACGAGACACCCUCACCUACAACCAGGAACUACGAGACACCCUCAUCUACAACCAGGAACUACGAGACACCCUCACCUACAACCAGGAACUACGAGACACCCUCAUCUACAACCAGGAACUACGAGACACCCUCACCUACAACCAGGAACUACGAGACACCCUCACCUACAACCAGGAACUACGAGACACCCUCACCUACAACCAGGAACUACGAGACACCCUCAUCUACAACCAGGAACUACGAGACACCCUCACCUACAACCAGGAACUACGAGACACCCUCAUCUACAACCAGGAACUACGAGACACCCUCACCUACAACCAGGAACUACGAGACACCCUCAUCUACAACCAGGAACUACGAGACACCCUCAUCUACAACCAGGAACUACGAGACACCCUCACCUACAACCAGGAAUCUACCAGACAACCUCACCUAUACACCAUUAAGGCUUUGGUUGUUCUUGGAAGCGAUCUUUUCCAGUCUGAGUGAUUGUGGUGGUUGUCUCCGCUUAUAAUAAUUCUCAUCAUACUCUAUGGCAGUGUGACUAACGGAACAUACAAUGUUUAACAGAGUUUUAUAUUAUGAUCCAGGGACUGUGAUUGCAUCUCGACUGCUUGGGCGGUCGGUAACAUCUCUUGUUACACACUGUUGGCAAGUACUGGUUCCAGAAUGCAUCUGUACCUGCGGCGCCAGUGGUGGACAUGUCUGGUCUUGAGUGAGCUUAUACUCGGUGCCGUCACUACGCUGCGUGAGUGGGGCGGACGUAGGCCAGCUCCUGAUAAUUAUGACCACUUAAUAUCCUCUGAGGUGCUUAUUUUAGGCUUUAUUUUGGGAGUGUGACUACCGGAAGUUAGAAUACUUAAUACAAUCAUAUAUUAUCAUCCAUGAAAUGUGAUUACCUUAUACGUCUGUGUGUAUGUAUACGUUUGUCUGUAUGGGUGCGUCCGUAAAGUAUACAAUUUAGGUUAGUUUACGUUAGGUGAUGUUUGAGGUAUAUAUAUACACAGUCUUUAUUCAAGUCAUCUUCAGAGGCAAUGACUUGAAUAAAGACAAAAGCUAAGGUGCUCCAGUGUUUCCCUUUUACUGUGUGGUUUUAUCAAGAUAUAUCUCAACGUCUCCAUUAUGUAUCUACAAUUUCUACAUGGAAGACAGUAUAUUGCGUGUAUGAAUAACAGUAUGAAAGUAUAUUGUGUGGAUGUGUGUCACAUGAAUUUUUCUGUACAGUAUAUAUUUUGUGUAUAUAUUUUUUACGAUGAAAAUAAAAAAGAUAUGAU